CUGAAGGCGGCUCAUUUGAGUUUCGUACGUCUGUGGGGCGAGUGGAAACCAGGGAAAGUGAAAAGUGAGUGUCACGCAAAAAGAGGAGGAGGAGAAAGAAAACCAUAGGCAGAACCGCAACCACAACCAGAAGCAGAACCAGAGCUAGAACGUGGGAGCAUUCCGUAUACUGGGCGAGACAGCAGACACAUGUUGUCAUGUUGACAAAUGCUAGGGAAUGGGAAUUGAAGAGCAGUCAACUGUUGCUGCUGCUGUUGCUUAUGGUGGGGCAAGUGCUGCGCGGAGAUGGCGCCUCGGUCACCUGGGGACAUGUCAACAAAUAUGCCAGCCGGCUGUAUACCGAAGACGUGUACCUAACGCCCGAGACCCCAGGCAGAGAUGUGGUCUACGGCUCGAAGAAUGGCGCUGAUAGCUACAGGAUUACGGCAGUGCAUGUGGAGGAUCUCAGCAGUUCACUAGCAGAUGGCGACGCCGAUGCCGAGACUCUGGUAGCAGAGGGUGGCAUUGGCGAGCAGUUUGUUGUUGUACAUUGCCAACGAGGCAAACAAGUGCUUGGGGCGCAAUCGGUACAUCUACAAGUGUCCAUCUAUGGGCUGGAUCUGUGAGGUGUCUGUGCGUGUGUCUGUGGGAUUGUAUCUCUUUGGGUGCUGCAAAUAUGAAUUACUAUAGAAUCAACACUUGACUUGGCUUGUUACAUUGUUAAGUGUUAAGUAAUAAUCACUUAAAUGUGUGCACAAAAGUAACUCUGAUAGAGCGCUUGUACUUCUACUUGUACUCUUAUCUUUUUUCAAUUCUUAGGCAUAGCCGAUAGGUUUAUUCAAGUUUUUCUUUCGCUUUUGCUAUUUAAGUAUACCCUCAAUUCGAGUGGAUUUCAAACUCAUUAGACGCCAAUUAAAGUUUGUUUAUGCCACUGAAAUACUUCUGCUUUGACAACAUCUGUUUGUAUCCUUAUAAAGCUGUAGCUAACAAGUUUAUAUAUUAGCAGUUUUAUGAUUCACUUCAACUUUUAUCCGGGCAAUUUGUUGUGCAGGUGCUCGACUUGUCGUACGACUUAGUUAGGAAAUAAUGAGAUGCAAAUGGCGGAUGCACACAGAACACAGAUAAAUGUGUAUAUAUAUAUAUAUAUACAGUACACAUGCAUAACUGUAAGCCGCUAUGCGGUUUGGUUUUCUCUGGCAUUUAAGCCUGCUCAAGCGUCUGGUAAAUCAGUUUUUCCCUCAACACUUUACCUUGGCUGUGCCUUGUCUGCCUUACCCAUUGCCAACCGUCUAGCAUCGCUUUUCUAGCUCGCCUUCUGCACAUUUCCCUUUGAAAGUACACUGCAAAACUGAUGUAUGUAAUAGGAUUUAGUCAUAGCUGAUCCCUUAAAAGAUAGUUACGAGCAGGUUGAAAUGCUCAGCACACAGCUGGGUGCGAUGUCCCCCAAAAGCUUGCAAAGGAAAAAUAUACAUAGUUUCCUAGUCAUAUUAGCAGUUUUCACAGGGUUCUAAAAUGGGAAAUGUAAUUACAUUUUUCACGGUACAAACUAAUGGUCUCGUCUGUGUUGUUUGCAAUGGGAAAACAACUAAAACAAAUUAGAAAACAUUUCAUUACUUCAUAUUUGGCCUAUCUUUGUGCACAUUUCUAUUAAGAGAAAUGUGCAAAUAACAUUAAAUAAAUGUAUGUAUAAAUAAGUUAAAUAAAAUGAAGCAAAUUCACAAAACAGCACACAGAACUUUGUUGGUUGUGCCAAGUUUAGGUCAAU